UCUUCUCCGAUAAAUAGUUCUAUCUUUUUGUGUGCUCAGGUUUUCUUUGUCUGAUUAUUAGUUCUCUAGGUUUCUGCGAUGAUUCGUAGGUAAGCAAGCUGAAUAAUAUUCUUGGCCUCGGUUCCGUUCUUUGUGUUUUUUUGUCUUCCUUUUCUUAAAAAAAACAUUGAAAGAGUGUUCAGGUCAUUCACUAAUUUGUUGCACAUAGAAAAAGAUGAAAACUGAUACAAAGAUGUCCCAAUCCUGUGAACAUACUAGGCAGUAACUGCUUACAAAGAUGCAAAGAAUCCACAGGAUCAAACAUAGUAAAACCACAACCACCACUACAGUGAGGUUACAAAAAUUUUCUUGCAGUUUGGCCCUGGUUUCUCUAAGCAUGUUUACUGAAUCAAGGUGGAUUGUGGUCAGCUUGGACAGAAUUUCACCAAAUUUGUUCUGUUCUUUUUUAUUAUCUGAUUUGAGAUGCUUGAAUUAUUUCAAAGUUUUUGGUGUAUGUGUUCUUGGUGCAGAAGUUAAUAGUUUGAUUAUUAUUGUAUUUAUUUAUUUUUUGCUAGUUUGUAGCUUGUAGUUUGCGAUCUGUACAUUCUGUUUGUUAUGGAAUAGUUUGAUUAGUAUUUUGAGAUAUAGUUGACUUGCUUUUGAUUGCCAUUGUUCCUGCUCCGAGACCUUCGAUGGACGAACCACACCACUGUUCCUGCUCCAAGACCUUCGAAGGAAGAACUACUGGACAAUUGGAGGCGGUGUUGAUGGAGUUGCUGAACACCAAGGGAAGGGGAUCUGCUGAAGAGUAUGCCAAGCCUGAGAGGGAGAAAAAGGAGAAGAAGAAGAGAUUUAGAAUGGAGACAUGAGGGUGCCCAGACUCAGCUACUCCGACAUUCAAGUCAAAUCUCCUAAGAUAGGAAAAUGUGGAGAAGAUAAACAGUAGUACACAUAUGAGGAGGUGAAAAAAUGGAAAGCCUACCUCUGUCCGCAGGUGCUGAUGUCUUUUAUAACACUGCCAUCGAAUAUCUCUCUCCUCUAUUAAUUGCAUAUUAAUUACUAAUGUGACGUGUAUCAUACUUCAAUAAAAGGAUUGUCCCAUCGUAUCUACCAGUAUCGUCAAGAUACGGGAGAUGAUACCCCACAUGCUCUGACAACUCAUAUGUUGUGCUGCCCGCCAUGAUGAGCUGGCCCCAUAAAACCCUUGGGUUGUGAGAUAAUUGGGCUGGAGGUUGGGGGGCUUUUAAAUGGAAGAGCGUCGGAUCACCAAGGCUAAGCGGAGAUGAGCAGGGUGUGCCUAGUCGGUGCGAGCGGUGUGCCUCCGAUCGGUGUGACCGAUCGGGGAGGAGCGAAGCAUAUCCGAUCAAUGGGACCAACCGAAGAGUAGCGGAGUGCGCCCGAAGCACAUCUGAUCGGUGGGACAUACUAGGGAGGGGCGAAGCACAUCCAAUCAGUUGGACUCAGUGAGACCGAUUAGGGAAAAGCGAAGCACAUCUAAUCGGUGGAACAGGAGGGGUGAAGCACAUCUGAUCGGUGUGACUGACCGGGGAGAAGCAGAGCACGCCUGAUCUAUGGGACCGACCGGGGAAAAGCGAAGCACAUCCAAUCAGUAAGUUCGAUCAGGGAGAGGCGAAACAUUCCCGAUUGGUAUGACCCACCGGGGAGGAGCAAAGUGUGCUUGGUUGGAGAAGCGAAACACGCCCGAUUUGCCUUGUGUCGACUCGUCUUAACCUUGACCUCCAUCUAAGCAUAAUGCUUGACCUUUGGGGACAUACGUGGCGGCUUCCAAUACUCACUGUAUCAUCCACCAAAUUAUAAUGUGUGGAAAAUGAUUAAUGUGCGGUUUAACCUGUGGACCUAAGUCAGUUCAACCAAUGAUUUCAGCUGGAUCAAUGAUGGGGUGGACAUGCAGAUCAAUCGACUCACUAGCUCGAUCACUGAACCAAUGAUUUGGAGCUUGUCACAUUUUACAACUAAUCUAGGCAUUUUGAGGAUGAAAAGGCAAUGAUCAUAAGUGGCUUCCUAAAACCUUAGUUGGGAAAGGUUUAAAUAGGCAGAGCUCAGGCAACACGAGGAGGGAUGUGGUAGAAGGCAGCUGAGAAGUUAAUCAGGUGAAGAAACACAUUGAACAAGGGCAAGGACAUGAGGGUGGAAUCUUUUCAAUUGAAGCUCCCCUUCAUAUUUCCAAUGUCCAGGUGCUUGACCCAGAUAAUGGCCAUGUAAGGUCGGGUAUGAAUAUCUGGAAGAUGGAAGCACGGGUCUCUAGAGGGCUUGCUGCAUCUGGAGCUAUAAUUCCUCGCCCUGAAAUACUAAAAGAAAGGAGAAAACCAAGACCUAGCUUUGUGGCAUCUUUAGGAGAUGAUCCAAUUAGUGAAUGGAUUCUGACAGAAGGGAAAGCCACACAAAUUACAAGAAUCAGUCCCAUUGGUGGAGGCUGCAUAAAUCAAGCAAACCGUUAUGUAACUGAUUCUGGUUCCUUCUUUGUGAAGACAAACAGAACAAUUGGACCAUCAAUGUUUGAAGGAGAGGCUCUUGGUUUAAAUGCAAUGUAUGCCACUCAAUCAAUUCGAGUUCCCAAGCCAUAUAAGGUGGGACCUUUACCAACAGGAGGUUCCUAUAUAAUCAUGGAAUUUAUUGAAUUUGGAUCUUCCAGAGGGAAUCAGUCAGUUUUAGGAAGAAAGCUUGCAGAAAUGCAUAAAACUGCAAAGUCUAGCAAGGGCUUUGGUUUCAAUGUCGACAACACUAUUGGCAGCACUCCCCAGAUAAAUAAUUGGUGUUCAGAUUGGCUUGAGUUCUUUGCUGACUAUAGAUUGGGUUACCAACUAAAGUUAGCACUAGACCAGUAUAGGGACUCGACGAUAUAUGAAAAAGGCCAGAAAUUAGCUAAGAAUCUCCAACCACUUUUCGAAGGAGUUGUCAUUGAGCCAUGCUUACUUCAUGGCGACCUAUGGAGUGGCAAUAUCAGCACUGAUAGUAAUGGUGAUCCUGUGAUAUUGGAUCCAGCUUGUUACUAUGGUCAUAAUGAGGCAGAAUUUGGGAUGUCAUGGUGUGCUGGAUUUGGAGGAUCCUUUUAUUCUUCAUACUUUGAGGUGAUGCCAAAACAGCCAGGCUUUGAGAGGAGGAGGGAUCUGUAUAUGCUCUACCAUUAUCUGAAUCACUACAAUCUAUUUGGUUCAGGCUACAGGUCUUCUGCCCUGUCUAUCAUAGAGGACUACUUAAGGAUGUUGAAGGUGUAAAUCCUACAAUUCAACAGCGUCCAUGGCUGGAAUUCAAGUUGUACAACUUAAUUUCCAAAUUGUCCUACGGUUUACAAAUUAGUUUUUUUUUAUAUACA